UUAGUACCAAACAGCUGAAGAUCGACGUACUUUAGUUCGGCCUUUUCAUCAUUGUGAUGAGUUGAUUCAUAGAAAAAAUGUUGUUCGCAGUUUGAUUUCUUCGUUUUAAAGAAUGCCUGUUUGUGAUUCUCUCGAGGCAAUGGUCAUUUGCCAGGAGGCCAAAAGAUUCCAAUCGUUUUAUCCUCGAAUUCAACAGCUAUCCGAACUGCUAGAGCAAGUCGAUAACGUUCCUUUGAAACGAAAAAUGCGAGAAUUGGUCAACGGUUUAGAAGAAACCUUCCUUAAUAGUCCUGAGUUUACGGCUAGCAAGAUCAGCAGUAACUUGGAACUGAGACUUGGUAUUGUGGGGAGCUCAGUUUCUGGCAAGUCAUUUCUUGUUCAAAGAUAUCUGACUGGUAUCUAUCCUAAAAUGGAGUCUUUCAGUGGUAGAUAUAAGAAAGAAGUUCUUCAUGAUGGUCAAAGUCAUCUGUUACUUAUAAGAGACGAGACCGGUCCACCAGAUCUCCAGUUCACUCAAUGGGUUGAUGCUGUGAUAUUCGUGUUCAGCUUGGAUGAUGAGCUAAGCUACAGCAUGAUCCCAGGAUACUAUGCUAAAAUGGCUCAGUACAGGAAUAUAUCUGAUGUACCUGUGAUUCUGGUUGCAAUGAGAGAUGGUAUCGAUGACUCCUACCCAGGAACAGUAAGCAUACAACGAAUAAAGAAACUAAUAAAUGAUAUGAAGCAGUGUGUCUACAUGGAAGCUUCUGCUCUCACUGGUGAUAAUGUGGAUGCAAUAUUCCAGACAGCUAUUGAGAAGUUAAUCCAGUCUAAAGAAGUACCAGUACUAAAGUCCUAUGAUGAAUUCCAAUCUCCACUCCCAAAAGAUGGAGAUCAAAGCAAUGUACUUUCCUCCAGUCCUGGAAAUAGUGGGAACAAUAGUCUGGUAUCGACUCCAUCAUCAACUUCAAAACGAUCAACAAGAAGGAGAACCAUGUUAUUUAGCUCGAAAGAUAAAAAGGAAAAGGAGGUUUUUCCAGACACAGAUGUUGGCAGUGGACGGGAUAUUCCCAUCAAGCAGGGUUAUCUUUAUAAAAGGAGUGCCAACUCAAUGAAACGAGAAUGGAAAAAGAAGUAUGUGACAUUACUAGACAAUGGAAUGUUAGUUUACUAUCCUAACUUACAUGAUUAUAUGGCAGAAAUACAUGAAAAAACACUCAAUCUCAAACACACAACAGUAAAGAUCCCUGGUCAAAGGCCUCCAAAAGCAUCAACAACAACCAGCCAAUCACAGGCCUCAGAUUCUAGACCCACAACACCUGUCGAAUUCUUAUCAGAAAACAACAAUAGCGGAAACGACUCUUUAGGAAAAAACUCUAUCGUAAUACAAAACGGUCUUGCAAGUGACUGUUCUCAAGUAGAUGGACCUGUAGACCUUGAUACUGCUCUUGCAAAUGUAGGAAACCAAGCGAUGAUGCCUGCGGCAUCGACAAACACAAAUUCGUCAGUGAAUUCAAGUAAGGGAGACCCAAACGCUCCUAGUGUAGUCAAGAAGAAAAAUAAGAGAAGUAAACAUACAAAAUCAUGUGAAAUAGACUAUGAAGAGCUUGAGAAAGCUUUGGCAUCGGCAACCACUGGUGUUGCUGUGCCACCAAUUAUGAGAAAUGACUCACAGACUUCGAGUUUGAAGAAGAAAGGGCAUCGAAGAGCUAAGAGUGGGAGUGGCAGAUUUGACACCGAUACAGAGAAUUUAGAAUUCGAGUUUACCAUAAUAUCACUUGAUGGAAAAUACUGGAACUUUGAAGCUGGAUCACAAGAGGAGAGAGAUUCUUGGGUCCAGGUAGUGGAACAACAAAUAUUGACAAGUUUACAGACAAAUGAGAGUGGAAAAGGAAAGUCCCGAAUAAAUAGUGCAAAUUCAAAUGAAGGAUCCGAUAUCCAAGCAAUCAGAAGGGUACCUGGUAAUGAUAUGUGCGUGGACUGUGGAGCACUAAAUCCGGACUGGGCGUCUCUCAACCUUGGUGCUCUGUUGUGUAUCGAGUGUUCUGGUGUACACAGGAACCUGGGAACCCAUUUAUCUAGAGUGCGUUCUUUAGACCUGGACGACUGGCCUUCCGAAUACACAGCUGUUAUGUGUGCCAUUGGCAACGAUCUGGCUAACGGUAUUUGGGAAGGACGAUGUAAUGAAGAGGAAAAGCCUACUUCUACGUCAUCGAGGGAGGACAAGGAACGUUGGAUAAGAGCCAAAUACGAAAGCAAACAGUUUUUAUGUGAACUACCACCGUCAGAAUUCUCUCUAGGCGAGCAAUUAAACGACGCUGUUACCAAGGAAGAUUUACCUUUAUGUAUAUUAUUACUGGCUCACUGUACGCCAAGUGACGUUAAUACAGUAAAUGAUGACAGAGACAAGCUUACACCGCUACAUUCUGGAUGUAUGCUUGGAAAUAUUGUCAUCACUCAACUUCUUGUAUGGUAUUUUGCAGAUGUUAAAGCUUUGGAUGCGAACGGUAGGUCACCCCUGUGGCACGCCAAAUCUUCUGGAAGUAAAGAGUGUGCGGACAUACUGCGAUACAAUGGUUGUAAUGACUUAGGAACCUUAGUACCUCAAGCUGAUGACGUCAUACUAUAGCCACGUGACUACCACGUGAUGUGGUGAAUCAAGAAUUAUGCUGUGCUAUCGACACUGUUGUAUCAGGCUACAUUACCAGCGUUGGGUUACCUUUAUAUUAAAUCUCUUACGUAGUCGGCGUUGGGUUGCCUUUGUUCGCGAAGCCAGGUCAACGUUGAUCGCAUCCGAAGUAUACAGAAGCCUGCGCUGGUAAUUUGUUUUAUGACUUGCGAGAUCAAGUUGGGUUGACUUUGCUUUGUUUUAUGUGAAAAGAGUGGAAACAAGUUGUCGACGACUUCCGUCAAAGUUCACGCAUGCGCAAGAAUUAUUUCCUGUGGUUGUCAUGGUAACAAAACUCUUACUUCUGAGUACGACAACAAAUAGAUGACGAAAUAUUUAUUGAUUUUUAUUUACAAUCAAAAGAAAAUGUAUAUAAAUCCUAAUAAAGUCGAAAGUACCGACGAUUAUAUAGUGAGUGAAAAAAGUGAUUUUUAAAAUGAAUAUUGAGUUGAGAAAGUUUUUCAUUGGAUAGUGAGUCCAUAGUUUGUAGACUAUGGUGAGUCACACGCUUUUACAACGACGACGAUGACGAUAACGACAACAAGGAUAAUGACGUAUUUAAUUGACACUUGUGUCAAAUAUUUCAGGAUGCCUGAAUUGUAAAAUUUACUACCAAAAUACUUGUUAUACAAUUAAAAAUAUUUGCUAAAA